AUGGUCUACGCCCUCGUGUCGCGUAGCAGUCUACGAACCACACUGACUCGCACCACUCUCCUCCCCCGCGCCUUCACCCGCCAGAAAUCCAUAACUCAAUCUAUUGAAGCUGGUAAACGCCGCGCCUCACCCUCAAACUGGUCUCCCGCAUCUUCUCCGUCUAGACACUUCACUCGCGACGGGGAAGGAGAUUCCUCGUCAGGGUGGGAUCGGAAGGAGAGACGUCAUGGGGACUUAGAUUCAGCACCGCCGUAUCGGCGUCAAGGGAUGGGAAGGGGAUAUAGCGAUGGGGAUGGCCAAAGUGCGAGCUUCAGACGAGGCAUUGAGCAGGAUCACAAUGAUAGGGAUUCUUUCGGGCAAUCGAAGAGUGCGAGUAGGAGGUCUGGCCGGUUGGGGCCACCAAGGGCCAGAGAUGAUCGAUUGCCUAGUCGGCGGAAGCAUGGAGAUUGGGAUGAGGUGGAUCCUAGACGAAAAGGAGAAGCGCGGUCGGAGAGGAUUGUAAAACCGGGUGCAAGUGAAGAGCAGACAAAGAGCAGUUUGGCCCGAAUGGGCGAACUUUGGCGUUACAAAGAUAUACUGAACAAGCAUGCAAAUACACGCUAUCCCCGCUGGAACUUGGAUGGUAAACACUAUCUCCGAAAGGACGACCAAGGCAGUGCACCGGAUGGGGAGCGGGAGCCACAUAGGGCAAAGAGCACUGAGAGUGGUCCUGAUCGCAGGGUCAACGGUCACAAAAGUGAAGCUCCACGAUCAUUUCAGAGCGGGCCCGAAUCGCUUCCAUACACGACGGCCGCCUCGGAAUUUAUAUACGGGCAUUCGAGCGUAAUCGCUGCCAUCAAGGCCAAUCGACGUAAACUCUACAAGCUGUACAUUCACUCGCAAAGAGGCAAGAGAGAUGGCCUCAUGACCAAGAUUCGAGCCCAUAAGCUUUUUGCUAUCACGAGCGAGGUUGGUGAUGAGUACCUGCAAGCGAUGGACAAGGCAAGUUCGGGUCGACCGCACAAUGGUGUUGUGCUGGAGUCGUCCCCGCUGCCUGUGCCUCCCAUUGUCGCGCUUAAAAGUCCUUCGAUGGAGGAUCAAAACUUUGGUGUUGCACUGGAUGCACAGACUGCCGAGGAUACACUUGUCAAUGGCAGGAACGAACUGUAUUCAUAUAAAUCGGGAGGGUGGAGACACCCGCUCAUACUAUAUAUAGAUGGAGUGCUUGACGAAGGCAACCUGGGAGCCAUGGCCCGUUCCGCCUAUUUCCUCGGCGUCGACGCCAUCGUCACCUCUACUCACCACAUUGCACCAUGGAGCCACAUUGCGCUCAAAGCCUCAGCCGGUGCCGCAGAAGCGAUCCCCAUCUUCAAAGUCGGAAAACCUGCAGAUUUCCUCGCCAAAAGCUCCGAAGCGGGCUGGAAAAUUUACAGCAGUAACACGGCCCCGCCAGCACCUCCAUCGAAUCAAUCUCCAGAGACAGAGAUCAGCAAGGUCGUCUACACCUUACCGCAGAGUAGUAAAAGACUCGACGUCGACCAUUGUCCGGUCGUAGAACACCCCACGAUCUUAAUGAUGGGCGCAGAGAGCUCCGGCUUGCAAAAGAGUCUGUUGAGGCUAGCACAUUACAACGUUGGGAUUCCCCACGGCCGUGAUGUCAACGAGGUGGGUGUUGACAGUCUGAAUGUUAGUGUGGCGGCAUCGCUGUUGUGUUAUGAGAUGCUGCAGAGACCGAGGACGCAACCGGAUCUCAAGUCCGAAGAUCUUCUCUUUUAG